AAAUAUUUGUGUCUACAUUACAUACCAUAUAUAGGCAACUGUCAAAUAUUUAUAAUGGAUAAAAUGGAACAUCCUGAAAAGCGUUACUACAAAUGGAACCGAUUUUUCUUACUGGCCACUGGAUUAUGGCCUUAUCAGAGCGUAUGGAGCGCUCGUUUAAAUAGAGGCAUUAGUAUUGUUAUUAUAUUAUGUAUGGUAUUUGUUCAGCUAAAUAGCAUUUUCACGAUUAAUAUCACUAGAGAGUUUAUGGUGAUUGUGGUAGAAGUACUUGCAGUUACAAUAGGAAUAUUAUACCACUUGUUUGCACAUAUGAGACACAUAGAUAAAUAUAAACAAUUAUUUGACCAUAUGUGGCAAGACUGGGCUUUGCAAAAAACAAAUUAUGAGAUCAGGAUUAUGCACCAAUAUGCUAACAUCACGAAAUUAGUUACGUUCUAUUACGCGCUUCUAAUGUACGGAGUUGAGGUUACAUACUUUACAUGGCUAUUCAUGCCAGAAAUUCUCGAUGUUGUAUCGCCCUUGAAUGAAUCACGGCCGCGAAAGCAGCCUUUUGAUUAUAAUUUCUUUAUCGAUGAGGAACAAUAUUUUUACUUUAUUCGAUUCCUCAUAUUCAUCGGAUGUACUUUUGUACCAAUAAUUUUUCUCGCUACUUCUACUCUGUUUCUAGCUUUCACGCAACACGUUUGCGCAAUGUAUAAAUUAUUAGGGCAUCGCGCGGAACACUUAUUUUAUGUCAUUGGGAGUACAGCAGAAAUCGAUUUAAAUCGUAAAGCAAGAAUAAAAUGUGAAAAGAUAGCAAUUCUUGUACGGAUGCAUUACAACAUCAUACAAUUCAUUGAUGUAAUCGAAACUUGUUACACAGUACCAUUGCUAGUAGAUCUCAUAGGGUGUGUGUGUGCGUUAAGCAUCACAUUAACGCAGUUAUCAAGUAUUCUCAGCAAUAUGGAAAUAGCUAUUAGAUCUAUUGGUUUCUCUAUUGCAACAUUGUUUUAUUUAUUCGUAUAUAACUAUAUGGGACAAAGACUCACAGAUAUGAGCUCAACUCUAUGUCAGAAAUUAUACAAUUCUGCAUGGUAUGAUGCAGUUAUUUCCGAGCAAAAUUCGUUAUUGCUAAUGAUGAGACGAUGUCUCCAUCCGCUUGUUCUGACUGCUUGCAAGUUUUACGUUAUGUCUUUACAAAGUUUUGGAAUGGUACUUCAAAUGACGAUUUCCUAUUGUAUGUUUAUCAAACGAAUUUAA